AUGGCGAGACGGCUGGCAGCGCCUGCUGGCACCUUUGCCAUGGUGGGGGCGGAGAGUGGCGGAGAGGAGGGGCAAGGAGAGCGAUCGAUCGUAGUGACGCACAUGGGGGAGGAGGGGCUCGGAACCAUCGACUAUGACGUGUUCACAGCAAGCAACACGGGUCUUCUGAACUUGAAUGCUGUCAAGAAGAGAUUCGGGCUGUCUGUCGUACGUGACUUGAAUGGGAUAGAGCUGGAGGAGGAUGGAGAAGGAUACACAUCGGUAGAUGAGCUUCUCACAGUCAGAGGUAGCUUAGACAUCACAGGAACGAUGAAACCAAUUUGCUUGAAACGAACGAAUGAUACCAAGGAAUGA